AUGUGGCUGGAAUUAAGCUUACUUAUUAUAUUCCUAGUAAUAUAUUACUAUUACUUUAUAAACAAUUGGAAUUACUGGUCAUCGCAAGAUGUAGUCGGUCCAAAACCUUCAAUUCCUUUUGGAACAGUCGGAGACAUUGUGAUCGGAAAACACAACUUGGGAACUUACCUCCAAGAAAUUUACACGACCUACAAAAAAAGUAAGUUAGUGGGUGUUUAUCGGUUGCGCAAGCCGAUUUUGAUCGUGAAUGACUUGGAUUUGAUAAAAGACGUUUUGAUAAAAGACUUCAGCAAAUUCGCGGACCGCGGGCGAGAGAUCCAUGAUAAGCACGAGGCCUUGGCAGUUAAUUUGUUUAAUUUAGAGCCUCAGAGAUGGCGUCCCUUAAGAUCGAAGCUGACUCCGAUGUUUACUUCGGUGAAAUUGAAGGAUAUGUUUUAUUUGCUGGUGCAGUGCGCUGAUCAGAUGGAAACUUACUUGGACAAAUUCGAAAAUGGACAGGUUGAUAUGCGUGAAAUAGCCACCAGAUUCACAACGGAUGUCAUUGGUGUGUGCGUUUUUGGAUUGCAAGCUAAUGCGCUAGCGGAGGAGGACAGUCUAUUUCGGAAAAUGGGCAAGAGGAUUUUUGAGCUGAAUAUUAGGAACGUAGGGAGAACUAUUUUGGGGAGUUUCUUGCCGGAGCUUUAUAAAGUUGUGGGGUACUUUUUUAGGGAUAGUGUGCUAGAUAAUUUUUUUAUUGGGAUUACCAAAGAUACGAUGGAUUACAGAAGAAAAAAUAGGAUCAACAGACAUGAUUUCGUUGACUUGCUGAUAGAGUUGAAAGAUGAGCCGAGUAAAGUUGGGGAACUAGAAUUGACAGAUAAAGUGUUAGCAGCCCAACUCUUUGUUUUCUUCGCCGCGGGCUUUGAAACUUCAUCAACGACCAUCGGUAACGCUCUCUAUGAAAUGGCGCUCAAUCAUUCGGUCCAAGAAAAACUGAGGCAAGAAAUCAAAGACGAGUUGAUUCGCACCGACGGAAAGUUCACUUACGAGGGAGUCAAAAAUAUGAAGUACUUGGAUAAAGUAUUUCUAGAAACUUUGCGAAAGUAUCCACCGUUACCGUUUUUGACUCGUCGCUCAAUGGAACCUUACACUUUCACCGGUACUAAUCUGACAAUUCCUGCAAAAACUGAAGUCUGGAUCCCGAUGCUUGGAAUACAAAGAGACCCAGAGUACUAUCCAAAUCCCAGUGUCUUUAACCCCGAACAUUUCAGCGAGGAACAAGUCAAAAGUCGCCACGACAUGACUUUCUUGUCAUUUGGUGACGGACCGCGAAAUUGCAUAGGCGCGCGCUUUGGUUUAAUGCAAACAAAAAUAGGAGUAAUUACCGUAUUACGAAAUCAUACUGUAGAUAUUUGUGACAAAACAGACCAUAAUUAUGAAGUAGACCAUCGGGCUUUUUUGUUGGUUCCAAAAAAUGGUAUUUUUUUAAACAUCAAUCGAGCUGUUUGA